AUGGGGUUUGUUGUUUUGAUGUAUUUGAGUUUGUGGGUAUCAGGAAAUGUGGUUUUUCAGGUUCAACAUAAGUUUACAGGGACUACAGAGUCUUUGACUGGUUUUAAAGCUCAUGAUUCUUUCCGUCACCGGAGAAUUCUCUCCGCCGUCGACCUCCCUAUCGGAGGUGAUGGCAGUCCUAUCUCGAUGGCGCUCUAUUUCACCAAGAUUCAAAUUGGGACUCCCCCAAGGGAUUAUCAUGUGCAGGUCGAUACAGGAAGCGACCUGUUAUGGGUGAAUUGUGCUGGAUGCGACAGUUGCCCUAGAAGAAGCGAUCUAGGGAUACCGCUUUCACUAUACAAUCCAAUGCUCUCGUCGAGUUCUAGAAUAAUGACUUGUGAUCAAGAUUUUUGCCCCUCCUCAAUCAUCUCGUCUAGUAAUGAUUGUAUUAUGGGGAUGCGAUGUCCAUAUGUUGUUAGAUACGGUGAUGGGAGCCAAACCAAAGGAUAUUUUGUUAGAGAUAUUGUUCAACUUGAUAGAGUAUCCGGGAACCGACAAACAGUGAAUAUGAAAGGGAGCUUUGAAUUUGGAUGUGGAUCCCGACAAUCUGGAGGGUUAGGUGAAUCCCAACAAGCUCUAGAUGGAAUAUUAGGGUUUGGACAGUCAAAUUCUUCCAUCCUUUCUCAGCUUGCUUUAGCUAAAAAGGUGAAAAAGACAUUCUCGCAUUGCUUGGCAGGUUCUAGAGGGGGGAUUUAUGCUAUCGGUGAAGUGGUGCAUCCGAAAGUGGAUACGACACCAAUUUUGCCUAACAAGGCACACUAUAAUGCUGAACUGCUGGCUAUUCAAGUCGGCGGCGAUUUUGUAAACCUUCCAUUCAGUAUGAAUACUCCAUCCAGACGCGGAACUAUAAUUGAUAGUGGUACAACUUUGGCUUAUUUUCCUGAUGGGAUUUACAACCAACUUAUGAAUAAGAUAAUGGCCUCACAACCGAAUGAAGAAAUUUACAUAGUUGAUCAUCAAUUUAAGUGUUACAAGUACCGUGGGAAUGUUGAUGAUGGUUUUCCAAUUGUCACAUUUCACUUCGCUAAUUUGCUUAAGCUAAAAGUUAAGCCCAGUCAAUAUCUCUUUCAAGUUCAGAGUAAGAAAUGGUGCAUCGGUUUUAUGAGCAAUGGCGUGCAACCAGACGUGACCUUGCUGGGAGAUCUUGUACUUACAGAUAGGCUGGUUACGUAUAAUAUGGAAGAUCAGACUAUCGGAUGGACAGACUAUGAUUGCUCAUCGAGCAUCAAAGUGAAAGAUGAAGAGUCAGGGUUGGUGUAUGAGGUUGGUGGUCAUGAUAUUUCAGGGGCAGGUCGUACACACAGCUCAGCUUUCUUGUGGAUGGUGUUCAUAAUAGUUACUAAAAUGGCAAUGUAUUAGAAAACAAUGGAACAGUUGAUGGUUUAAUGUUAAAUAAAUAAA